CGACAACAGCCUUCCAGUUUCUCCACGGACUCUCUAUCCCAGCAACAAAGUUGCCCGUUUAACUGCACAUCUGCAGCAGAAUACUUUCUUCUGCCGCACAAAAACCGAUAGUUUCUCGACUGGCCAGUCAUGGAAGAUCGGGAAAUCCUCAUGGAACGCUUCCUCGGAAGUCUUGCACGCAAUAAAUCCGAAGAUGAUGAUCGCCAUUUAAGACAGUGCUGGCGGAUUCAAGACUGCGGACACUGUGUUAGUAGCAACCACAAAUGCGGGUGGUGUCCAUAUUCUUCAACGUGUGUUCCAUUAUUCAAUAGGGGGCAUCUCUUGUCUCCUAUUUAUGAUGCCCAAAUUUGCCCAAUGCCAUGGCAGGAACGAUGGGAACUGCGAACCGGAACUUUUGGCUGCAAUUGCUCCACAACCACUUUUUUGGCUGCAAUUAUCACAUGUAUUUCUACUUUGACUUCUUUGCUCAUUCUUUGGAUCAUCUGGAAGGUCCUCAAAUAUGUAUUCAGUGCUGUAUUUGCACCUAGGGGAGGUUGGAGAAUUGACGUGGUCGAUGAAAUUGAUGGUGAACACUGGAGACAAGGAGUCUGGGUGCGGAAGGGAAUUGGAUUCACAGGGAGAUUAAAGAACGCGUGGAGAAGGAUUGGAAUGUUGGUCAAGACUAGGAAUGAAGAUGAUAUCGACCCUCAGAUGCUGGUCGUGGAAGAAAGUAGACCGCUUCUAAGUUGAGGUCGCUGUCUUCAGUUUUUGAAGGUCAUUACUAUCUGAUGUAAAAAUCAUCGCUGUCAUUCUACCUUCGU